CUGGCUGGAGGCUGAGAGCCGUAAAUAAAACGCACGCGCCGCGCCGGUCUCCUUUCCUCUCCAGUUAACCACUAACUGCUUGAAGCUGUUCGCUUGUUAUCUGACAGGGCUGGCUGGCUGCAAUGUUCAUGCACCAUGUCUCGCGAGAGAAGCCGAGCUCCGCUUGACGAGAUCUGAGACACUCAGGUGUAAGAGCCCUUCUCUCAUCCCUCUCGGCAGCCAGUGGGAACAGUAGACGGCAGAUAAGUGCGUCGGCCUGGGAGACUGCAGGCAUCUCUGACUGUGUGAUCUUCGUGCUCAAGGCUGAUCCGGCUGUAUUGCAUCAUUACUGGACCACUGUCUAUGACUAGGCUACUACAUCUUUCCAUUGCGUCAAUUUUAGCCCCUUUACUCUUUAAAGAAAAACAGUCGCAAAGAUGAUGUCAAUGAAUAGCAAACAGCCACACUUCGCCAUGCAUCCGAGCUUACCUGAGCACAAAUACACCACUCUGCAUUCCAGCUCGGAAGCAAUAAGGAGAGCCUGUCUGCAAGCUCCACAGCUGCAGAGUAACAUAUUCGCCAGCCUGGAUGAGACCCUCCUGGCCCGCGCCGAAGCUCUGGCUGCCGUGGACAUCGCAGUGUCCCAGGGCAAGACGCACCCUUUCAAACCGGAUGCCACCUACCACACCAUGAACAGCGUGCCAUGCUCUUCCAACACCACGGUGCCACUGGCCCACCACCACCACCAUCACCACCACCACCACCACCCCAACAUGGAACCCCCCGACCUCAUGGACCACAUUAACUCCCCGUCCUUAGCUCUCAUGUCCAGCCACGACGGCUCCGGGGGCGGGGGUGGAGGAGGUGGUGGCGGGCUGAUCUCCACCUCUGCUCACCCCCACCCUCACUCACACAUGCAUGGCUUGAGCCACCUCUCGCACCAGGCCGCUAUGAACAUGAAUUCCCCUCUCACCCACCACGGUCUUUUACCUGGACAUCAUGGAGGGGGCCAGGGCGGGCCAGGACUCAAUAACAACGGCCUUUCCUCUAUCAAUGACUCGGACACUGAUCCCAGGGAACUAGAGGCAUUCGCGGAGCGCUUCAAGCAGAGGCGAAUCAAGCUGGGGGUGACCCAGGCGGACGUUGGCAAUGCGCUGGUUAACCUGAAGAUACCCGGCGUUGGAUCGCUAAGCCAAAGCACCAUUUGUCGGUUCGAAUCGUUGACUCUGUCCCAUAACAACAUGAUAGCGCUUAAACCCAUCCUUCAGGCGUGGCUCGAGGAGGCCGAGGGUGCGCAGAGAGAGAAACUCAACAAACCUGACAUUUAUAGCGGAGGGGAAAAGAAACGGAAGAGAACGUCGAUAGCGGCACCAGAAAAGAGAUCUUUGGAGGCUUACUUCGCCGUACAACCUCGCCCGUCGUCCGAGAAGAUAGCAGCUAUCGCUGAAAAGUUGGACCUGAAAAAGAACGUGGUUCGAGUAUGGUUUUGCAACCAAAGACAAAAACAGAAACGGUUAAAAUUCUCCGCUUGCCACUGACUAUAGGCUAUUGAUGCGUUAUAAAAAAAAAAAACAAGAAAAAUGUUGAGACUGAAUUUGGGGACCAAGGUCUUCUUUUGUCGCCGACGGGUUUACAACUUGGGUGCAAAAAAAACAAUGACCAUUAGAUACUACGCACAUUUUAUGAAGCUUCAUAUAUCGGUUUUAGUUUAUUUUCACGUUAUUGGUGAAUGUGAAGUAUGCAAAUAUCCGAAAACCCUCCAGAGGAAACUCGCGCCGUGGUUCACCCUCCAGAGGAAACUCGCGCCGUGGUUCUGAGAAGAAACGAUCAACUUUGCCUUUUUAAAAAACAUUGUGGGAAUAAAAAGUUAAUUUGCUUUAGCGAGUUAUUUGAUUUGAAAUAUUAUAUAGCCAUUUACGAAUUACCUCAUUGUUGAACUCUUUUGGUUUGGUUAAUUUAUAAUAAGCUUAUAUACAAUUAUUUAUUUACCUAUUUCUGUAUUUAUUUGUGAUAACAUUGUGGGGGGCUGCUGUGAACUCUGUUUAAAAUAAUGUAGCAAACUGAAUUAAAACAAGAAUCCCAAUAGUGCUUUGCCUGAAUGAUAUGAUCGUCCUUUCGCUUCUGAAUGUGACAGUCAAAGCUAUUCAAUUAUCACAUUUAUUUACAAUUUGCACUAACAUUUAGGCAGUCAUUUGUUUUGUUUAUAUCGGUUAUUAUUAGGUCCAAAUGGUUUUGUGUAAUGUAUAUAUAUAUAUGUGUAUGUGUGUGUAUAUAUAUAUAUAUAUAUAUGUGUAUGUGUAUGUAUAUAUAUAUGUGUAUAUAUGUGUAUAUAUGUGUAUAUAUAUAUUUAUGUGUAUAUAUAUAUUACAAACAUCACUUUCUCACUACAACUCAGUCCUGAGUUUUCAAGAUAAACUAUUUUGCUAUUGGCUUCUUUUCACAAUGGAAGAUUUAAAAAAAAUUAAAAACAUGAAGUCGCAUGAAUCAGACGUCACCUUGACUAUUACAUUCUGUGGGGGGGGGGGGGAUGAUCACAACGGAUAAAAUAUCACCUUUUCCUUUUGUGUGUUUUGUUUUGCAGUGCAAACAUUCUAUGCAUUGGAUAAAAACACUCCAUUGAAGUAUCUGCCAGUAGAGCUGUGUGGAAUGUGGAACGACAUCACUGUUAAUGCGUUGGGGGUUUUUCACAUUAAGACACAACGUUGUUGUUUUUGUCGUCGUGUUAAUUGUUCAAAUAUAACUUUGUGUUUGAGAAACGAUUUUUACUUGUGCACAAGUAUGUUUACAAACUGCGAAAUGUCCCACGUGUCCCACGUGUCCUCAUGUCGCUGACGUUUGACGAAUUCCUUCCUUCCUCCCUCUAUUCUUCGGUUGUCUACUUGUUUUCAUUGGUAUUCUACUCAUCCUGUAAGCCAAAUCCAACAGGGAAGUGUGUCCCAUGCAGCUAUAUCUUCUAAAUAAAUGAACGACAGAAAGAGAAAA